AUGUCACAAAAAUAUGUCCAAACACUAUGGACUAAUACUCAAAUUCAAUUAUCACGUUUACUUACAUCUGAAGUAUUUGGUCCGAAAGGUUUCGAUAGUAAGCGUAAAGCUAACGAUUACGUACGUCAAUUGUUUAUUAAAUAUAAUGAUAUUAUGAAAAAGCUCGAUGAAAUCUAUCAAACAUUAAUUCAUCCACAAAAACGUUUAAUUAUACGUAUUUUACUUGAUGGUAUUGUUGGACGAUUAAUAGAACUAAAACAAGAAAUGAUCAAAUUUGAUUGUUGUGAAUAUACAUAUUUUGAAGAUUUGGCACUUGAUCAGAAUAAAACAUUAGAUGACUUAUGUAUUGAAAUACCUCGUUAUUUUGCUGAAGAUCGUUUUAAAGCAAUAGAACAACGAAAUCAUACUAUAAGAAUGAUUCUUGAUCGUCUAGAACAAUCAAAAAAUGAUCUUUCCAUAAAAUCUUCAUUUGAUUCUUUAUUAACAUUAAAAACUUAUCAAACUAAUGUAAUUCCAUUAGCUACUGUUCUACAUGUUCUUCAAGCACAUGAACGUGCUCGUCAAGGUCGUGUACAUGCAUAUUUUAUGCGCCAAAUGAAAAAUGAAUUAAAAACUAAAGAAAUGAAGUCACUUAAUGAUAAUAAUCUCGGUGAUAGUUGUCUUAUUAUUCAAACAAUAUGGAGACAAAAAUAUGCUGAAAAACUAUUUGAUAGAAAAAAGACUGAAAAUGCAAAAUUGUUAGGCAUGAUUUUACCUCGAAGAAAACUACAAAUUGAUAAUAGUUUCGAUGGUAAAGAUAAGAAGAGACGUGAUUUACAAUUGCAACAUCAUCAACAAUUCGAUGAAGCGUCGAAUUAUAUCAAGCAAAAAAUUCGUCAAUAUGAGGAAACUGAAGUUAAAUCACGUAUGGAACAUGUUCUUAUUCAAUGGUUACUAGAAUCACGACAACUCUAUGGUCAAUUUCCUAUUUAUCCAUCAAAUGAACUGAAUGGUUCAGCUACACUUUUCAAAGAAAUGACAAUAGCUGAAGUUCAAGAAUUUGUCGACAAGAAACAAACUAUGAACGCAUUAGAAUCAUCAAAAUUCAUUCCUGUUAUUAAUGAUCAAAUGAAUAUCUAUAAAGAAUUAUUCUAUGAACGAGAUGAAUCAUAUAAUAAAGAACAACAUUAUGAUACAUUAUUAGCUAUAGAUGAUUUUCGACCUGAAGUUGAAAAUGAAAUAAGACAUGAUGUUGAUAGUAUUCUUCGUAAUGAAUUAAUCUAUUUGAAAUUAGCAAUUGAUAAUGUCGAAGAUAAACAAACAAAAAAAUUAAAAAAGAAAAAAAAAAGAAAAAAACGAAGUAAAAAAGUUAAAGAUAUUGUUGCUAAUAGAACAAAUGAUUCGAUCUUUGAAGAACUUGUUGAAACAGGUAUUAUUUUACCUACAAAAUCAGUUCAUCAGCAAGACUUUAUUGGUGAUUAUCAAUAUUUAACUGAAAUAAUGCGUUAUAAUGAAAAAGAACCAAUGCCAUCUUUACUCGAUUGUCAACAACUUGUCAUUCUACAAAUUAUUUUUCCUCUUUGCUCACAAAACGUUCAUCUUAGCAUACCACCACGUAAAGCCGUUCUUCUUGCUGGGCCACGUGGUAGUGGCAAAGAAUUACUUGUACAUAUUGCAUGUAAUGAAUUGGGUGGUCUUUUGCUGGAUCUAUCACUAGCAAAUAUUGCCAAAUCAUUUAAUACAGCUGGUGGCCUCAAAGUACUCUUUGCAAUGAUUAAACGGCUGGUAUUAACGAUGCCUCCAGUUCUUUGUAUGAUACGUGAUACAGAAGUACUUUUCUCAAAAAAACUAACACCACAAGAAAAAGCAUUUGAACCAAGUCGAUUCAGACGUACAAUAGGUAAAUUUAUUAAAAAAAUUAAACCUGGCCAACGUAUUAUGUUUAUUGGUACAUCAUGUCAACCAUAUCGUGCUCGAAUAAAACCAUUGUUACAAAUCUAUGAACAUAUUAUUCUAUUUCCACGACCAAAUUAUGGAUCAAGACGCAAAAUUUUUUAUGAAACUUUAAUUGAGAAAUAUAACAUGAAUAUCAAUGAUGUUGAAUUAAGUAUAUUAGCAUCAAUAUCAGAUGGCUAUACAGUUGGACAAAUUCUUGAAACAAUUGAUAAAGUAAUCAACUUCAAACAUGAAAAUAAAUACUCCAAUAAGAUCUGUACAGCAAAUGAUUUUAUUUCUAUACUUGGUACAAAGAUUCCCAUUUUUAUUGAUGAAGAAAAUAAAAUUAAAAAUUGGUAUGCUCAAACAGAAAAUGGUAUUAAACGUUUGAAUGAAAAAACUCAAACAUCAACAAUAUCAAAGAAAACUUCAUUAAAAAAAUCAAGUUAA